UCACCGCGUAAUUAACUCGGUUAUUCAUUAAUUAGGGGUUAAUUAAGCGCUCCCUGAGGGCGGCUUCCGGUUGGCGCGGCGAGCGGAAGUGACGUCGGGGAAGGGGCGGGGCCGGCUGAGUUUCCCGCGCGCGCUGAGGCGGCUCCGGCAGGAGGAUGGAGCCCCCGGCCCAGCCCCCCUCCUGCUUCCGCUCCCGCCUGGAAUUCUGCCCCGAGUGCGGCUCGGUGCUGCCCCGGCCCGGCCCCAGCAGCGCCCUGCGCUGCCCCCGCUGCGCCUUCUGCCUGCCCGCCUCAGAGCUGCAGGGCCGCCUCGUCCGGAGCUCGCUGCGCUUCAACGGCCCCGGGGGGGGGAGGGGCGGCAGCGGCCCCGCCCCCCAGGAGGGACCCACGGUGGACAGGACGUGCCCUCAGUGCUCCCACGUGGGGCUGUGCUUCCACCCGGGACUGUGGGGAUAUUGGUGGACAGGACGUGCCCUCAGUGCUCCCCACGUGGGGAUGUGGUUCCACACGCGGCAGAUGCGCUCGGCCGACGAGGGCCAGACGGUGUUCUACACCUGCCCCCGCUGCAGGUUCCAGGAGAAGGAAGAUUCCUGAAAUUCCCAAUUUUGGGGUUUUUGGAGAAGAUUUUUUGGGAUUUUUUUGGGGAAUUAAAAAACUUUUUUGGGGAAUUUUUUGGGGAUUUUUUGGGGGAGAAUUUGGGCGAUUUUUACAAAUUCAUUUUUUGGAUAUCUGGGAUUUUUUGGGGAAU